CAAAAGGUGAAACUUGGUAAAGCACAACGAUGAAACGUGCAUUGUGCCUUUUAAUUGCCUUGUCCUGGUCGCUUUUUGCCCAGGGCUUGCAUCAGACAAUUUUGGCUGUAGCAGAUCAUUCCUUAGAAGACUAUAGCACAUUUCUGAAUUCAUUGACAGAGAAUGGAUAUGAUGUUACUACGGCCAACGUAAGGGACGAAAAGUCGCAACUAUUUCAAUACGGCGAGCGCAUGUAUGACAAUAUUAUUUUGCUCUCCUCCCAAAGCAAAAGUUUUGGAGCUACUUUCUCUCCUAAAGCUAUUUUAGAGUUUACACAAGCUGGCGGUAACGUUCUGUUUGCUGCAGGCUCCAAUCUCCCUGAAGGAAUCCGUGAAUUGGGAAGACAAUUAGAUAUAUAUAUUGGUGAGCGUCAUUCCUCAGUUGUUGAUCAUUUUCAUUCUGUCGAAAGCUCCAACGACGAAUCCGUCUUGUUGGAUGCUGUAAGCGAAAAUCCUUAUAUUAUUUCAGACGAGACCCGUCAAGCUGGUUCAAUAGUCUAUAAAGGAAAUGGCCAUUACUUGGGUACUAAUCAUCGUGCUCAACCUGUACUUCGUGGACACCCCUCUACAUAUGUAUACAACAAAAAAUCUGAAGGUAAAGUUUCCGAAGAUCCUUGGGCAGCCGGUACUCAAUUGUUUUUGGUCAGUGUCUUUCAGAACGAUGCUGGCGAGCGUAUUGGUUUUAGCGGAAGUCCCGAAAUGUUUACCAACACGUACCUUUCGCCCAAUUCUCCCUCCUAUUCCGCAGCAAAUGCUCUAUUUGCUCGUGAUUUAACGAACUGGGUUUUCCAACGUGUUGCCGUUUUGAAGGCUUCUGAUAUGACUUACGGAAAGGUUGGCGAGCCUUAUGAGCUUCGUAACGCUUCUACAUACAGAAUUAAGGAUCAGAUGGUUUUUUCCAUUGAUAUUGCAAUUUUGAAUGAUGGUCAACCUCAACCUUAUGUAGCCGAUGAUGUUCAAAUGGAGCUUGUAAUGCUCGAUCCUUAUUAUCGCGUAAACAUGGUUCCUGUGGCUUCUGAUAGUAAGACUUAUCAACACUAUGAGGCUGUUUUAACUGCUCCUGACCACUAUGGUGUGUUUACUUAUAAAAUCGCCUACAAUCGGCCCGGUCUGAAUCCUAUAGACGAAAAGGCCACUUUCACGAUUCGCCAGUUCUACCAUAAUGAGUAUCCCCGUUUUCUCCCUCAUGCCUAUCCUUAUUAUGUCUCCUGCUUUGCGGUUUUGGGUGCAUUUUUAAUCUUUUGCGGCAUUUGGCUUGUCCAAAUUCCAAAGGCUUCUUCAAAAAAGCAAAAGUGAAAAAUUUCUUAUCUUUCUCGUGAACCCCUUUUUUAUAUGUAUAAGUUCAUUUAAACACUUAGUUAUGUUUUAGCCAUUCUCUUAUGUCAAUCAAUCUUUAUGA